AUGGUUCCAAAAUCAUUGAGCCCCAUGCAUUUCAAUGUUCCAGAGGUUGCGCGAAGGCGAGUGGGCCAUACUCUGCCUGGUUUCAAAAAGAGUAUACAGCACGCAACUACUCCAACCAGUCAGAACCAUGAUACACCUUACACAGUGAUGUUGAAAGAAGAAGCCCAAAUGGAUUGGAGGUAUAAUCUGUUGGUCAGCAUCGCGAAUUGGGCCUUGCUGGCAGGAUAUUUGGUAGUCCCCGGAACCUUUACUUCGCUGAAGGAAUCAAACCAAGUGGAAGAAGUUUUAAAAAAAAACACUGCCGGGCAAGCUGUUUUGCACACCAUUCAAAAUCCCCCUUUGCUCGUUAUUGCGUGCCUAUUUCUUGUUGGUGGAGCUGCUGCAUUGAUCAUGCUUUUCCGGGAACACCAAAGCAGUUAUACAUGGCUUGUGAACAAGGUCUUCAUGCCUGCUGCGUUAAAUGCAGCCGCUGGACUUCUCACCACGCUCGUCAACGUUUACACCUCCCGGUCAGGUCACUGGUCUGUGAUGGCUAUUGUUACAAUCGUAGUUACUGGGGCUUUGUUGAUUGUGUUUUCAUUACUAUUCACUUACUAUAAGUUUGUCAAGUUGAGGAGGGUGAUUCUAGAUGAUGAAGAGAGGUUUGAAAAUCAGAAUCAUGGCAUGGCACACUCCACCGGCCAGUUCAGUGCCAGUGACGUGUCAUUACACGUGACCGGUGACGCGAAUUCAAAAGCUGACGACAAAAACAAUACAUUUUAG